AACGGCUCCUCCGUCUCUGUCUGUCGUGGAAAGUGCGCGAUCUCGCGAGCUGUUCCUUUCUCUUUCACAUACUCUCUCUCUCUCUCUCUCUCUCUCUCUCUCUCUCUCUCAUCCCUCUCUUAUUCUCACCAUUUUUUGUUGAUCGGUCGAAUGAAAAAGGCAAAGAGAUCGCGCAGCGCAUCCGAUUAAUCAACCAAUAUAUUACGUUAACCCUACGGCGAGUAAGCUCGCGGCGAAGCUUGCGACGACGAAAAGCUGGAGUUCGCGAGGUGCCCGAGUGAGGACUGAUCUUGCAGCAUGUCAUCCUUAAGGAAUUACGGUGAUAGUGGAGCUUACAGAAGCAGAACCGGCAUCGCUAGUAACAGCACAUUCGGACGGAAUGCAACGACGGGAAGUAAUUUCAGUAAUUAUAGAACUAACUACACCGGUAUUGGCUCAAGCUCCCUUAAAACAUCCACAACAAAAGACAGAAGUAUUGGCAACAUUUAUACCGGAAAUUUUACAAAAAAAGAUGGAGAUAAGGCCGAGGAGAAAGCCUCGUAUAAGUAUUCCUUUAACAAAAAUUCCGAAAAAGAACGGCUGACUCCCGGUGAUAUAAGCAAAGACGAUCAACGCACUCGCGGUCGCUCCUCCAACGGCCCAUCAAUGCUUGACAAAUAUACCCUGGGUAGUGGAAAAAUCGCCUCCGAACGUUCGGCCUCCGUCCUGGACAAGUACCGGGGCAAUCGCGAGUCCAGCGGCAAAUCGCCCAGGUACGGGGCCUCGAAUUCCUACUCGGAGUCCAGCCGGAGUUACGCCGGUGAGAAAAAGGAGAGGGAACAGGAGGCUGCAGCCACCAAAGGACCGAGAUUCGCGUCCUCGAGGGCGUCGCAGGAGCCGAGUCCGGAAGUAGCCGGGAAAACCUCGGGACAGAGAGGAAGGAGUCAGUUGGCUGGGAAGAACGGCCAGUCAUCCAAUUAUCCGGAAUCCUCAACAAGCUCUACAUCGUCCCCACGAUAUAAUGGACGCCAUUCUCAUGUGUCUCGAAAUAAUGCCGAGCGUAUCUUAAGUGACGGCAUCGGCUUUACACGAUCGGACAAAUUUCACAAUGCAGCUGCGAAAUUGCAGCCUUCGCCGGUCGUGGAUGAAGCUGCCGAUCGAGACCAAAAAUGCCAUAAUACCGACUCACGCUCGGAUGCUGCAGCAUUGGAUACGAGCUUGCCACUCGCGACUAAUUCGCCAAAAAAUAAGCAGGAGAAGUUGCAUGAUAUGGCCCUCACUGAUAAUUCAAAACGUUGCGAUAAGGAGGACAGUGCCGAAAACGAAGUCAUAAUUAUCUCGGUCGUGACAAGAGGAACGUCGCCCACACCGCCUCCACCACUUACCGCCUACGCAAGGACAAAGAGAUUAGAGCCCCUACCUAAGGUUGUUCGGAGAGAGGUGAACAAAUCGGAGUUAAAUAAGGUUGAACGGUGCGCGAAAGAGCAGCAAGUCGAUUGCGUCGUUGGGGAAGGUUCGUCUAGGGGUAGGUACACUCCUCGGUACAAUAGCGCCGCCACUGGAAGGGCUUUCGGAGUGCCUUGGGUUUCCUCCUAUCUAGACAAAUUUAGCUCGUCCGCUUCUGCGAGUAAUCCCGGUCUCUACUCGUCCCGUAGCACUUGCAAUAUCUCGCAUAACAGAGCGAGCACGGACUCACCGGGGUGCUCGAAAGCGAUGGACGAGUCAUCGAAGAGCAGCACCAAGAGCAGCACGAUUGGAUCCUCGACCAAUCUAAUCCAAUACUCGGCCCACAAUACGCAGCACCAUAAUCGUUGUAAUUCGGGCUCCUCGACACUAGCGAAGGAAGUGGAUCGCCCAUCGGCGAAAGUCGACUCGAGUCAGAAAAGACGUAAAGCCGCAUUGAGCGAUGGCGAAGAGCGCAAGUCCAACGCGAGCCGAGAAGAAACGCCCAGAGUCAGCGGGGGUCAGGAUCAUGGCCAAGGUCUCGCUACUAGCUCAUCUCGUAAGGAAUCGUCGAGUAAAUUAUCGGACGGGAACUCCUCGGCCCAUGGCAAAUCCGCUAGCGUAUCGAGGAGCGGCUCUUUAAAGCUCCGUCACACGACAUCAGCACAGUCUCCGCCGUCUAUCAACGGGCCAGUUGGCUGCAACAGUGCCAACGGCGAUAGAUCUAAUAGUAGUAGGGGUAUGAAGUACGUUAACAAGGACUUCCGAAAGUCCGCCCUAAAUAUGGAGAAUGGCGAUCCAUCGCGAUCUCAAAUUAGCGAUAGGAAGAACCAGAAGAAGUACCAGAGGAGCGUGUCCGUUAGCUCCCAGGAUUCGCAAUCAGAGUCAAACUCGGGGUCCACGACGAUGCUGCAGCAGGUGGCUUCGUUCGGCUCCUUGGUCUCGCUUAAGCCAACCAAAUUGGCUUCGAAGCACAAGGCCCCGCCGACAAAAGCAAAUAUCGCGCGCAAAGGAGAUGUAAAAGGUCCUGAGAGAGACGGGCGGAAAAGUAGCUCGAAGUCUCCGCCGUCGUCCAGCAACCGUAACAUCGCGCGGACCGUGUCCAUUUCGACGUCGGAGUGUAGCUUCGACGGCAGCUCCUCUGAUACGUCGAUUAGCGACGCCGAUGACAAUGAGCCGGCAAAAGCUAAGCAAGAUAUAAGAAAAAAGCGCACGCCCAAUGCCCCUUUCCAAGAGCGGAAGGGCAAAACGAGCCUCGAUUCGUCAAAGACGAGCGUGUUAGUUUCGUCCGCGGAUGAACUUUCGAUAAAUACGGAUAAGCCGCCUCGGCCACCCUCGACCCCGCGCUCGCGAAACGAUAGAUCCGGAAAGACAGACGAGGCCAAGUCAUUUUUAAUACGAACCCUGGCUCCCGUCGCCAAUAAUUUUAAGAUCAAACAGCAGGAGAGCGCCGAUGAGAUUAGUAGAGCCGAAUUUAUCACGAAGCUCGAGCACAACGAACAUGGAAAACAAUUCAACGUCGGAUAA